AUGAAUGUGCUGUAUAAAUUAAAUUUGCCUGGGCAUUUUUAUUUAAUCCAGGGGGACACUACUGGCUGCACCUUGUAAAUCCCCCAGAGCAGCCGGUUCAGGCACAUUAUCAUCUCUGUAUUCAAGAGAGUUCAAGAAGACUGAAGACAACAAGCCUGAUCAGCCAGUUUGUUCCGGUUUUGAACGACAUAGGGUGUGAUCUGUUGUAGUUUCAGCAAAAGCGAAAGUGAAAAUAUCAGAGUGAGAGACGGAGUCUGUAAAAUGGAGGCUAAAGCUUUGAUUCCUGAGGACGAGCUCUGUUGCUCUGUAUGUUGUGAUAUUUUUAAAGAGCCUGUUGUCCUCCUGUGCAGCCACAGCUUUUGUAGAGUGUGUCUGAAGCAGUACUGGGAAGAGAAGAGCUUUCGAGAGUGUCCCAUCUGCAGGAGAAAGGCCUCUAUGGAUGAUCCUCCUGUAAACUUGGUGUUAAGAAACAUUGUGGAGUCCUACUUAAAGCAGAAGACUGAGAGACACACUACUGACCAGAGUGAUGCUCGCUGCAGUCUUCAUGGGGAGAAACUUCUAUUCUUCUGUGAACAUGACAAAGAGCCUCUUUGUGUUGUCUGCCAGACUUCAAAAAAACACAGAAACCACCCGGUCUGUCCAGUGGAAGAGGCUGUACUGGAGCUGAAGGAGGAACUCAACCCUGCACUUAAUCUUAUUAAAGAAAAACUGAAGAGGUUUACUGAUGUUGAACAAGGAUGUAAGAAAACAGCAGAACAUAUCAGGAGUCAGGCCCAGCACACAGAGAGGCAGAUAAAGGCAGAGUUUGAGAAGCUCCACCAGUUCCUGCGAAAGGAAGAGGAGGCCAGACUAGCUGCUCUGAGGGAGGAAGAGGAGCAGAAGAGUCGGAUAAUGAAGGAGAAGAUAGAAAACAUCACAGGACACAUCUCCACUCUUACAGACAAAAUCACUGCUAUAGAGAAGGCCAUGGACACUGAAGACACCUCAUUUUUAAAGAGCUACAAGAACAUCAAGGAAAGAGCCCAGUGCACACUGCAGGAUCCAGAGCUGCACUCAGGGGCACUGAUAGAUGUGGCCAAACAUCUGGGCAACCUGAAGUUCAGAGUCUGGGAGAAGAUGCUGGAGAUGGUGCAGUACACUCCUGUGGUGCUGGACCCCAAUACUGUACAUGCCACUCUCUCUCUCUCUGAUGAUCUGACCACUGUGAGAUUCACAGAUACAGACCAGAAAUAUCCUGACAACCCAGAGAGGUUUAACCCCUCUGGGAGUGUGCUGGGAUCUGCAGGGUUUACCUCAAGGAAACACAGCUGGGAGGUGGAGGUUGGGAAUAAACCUGCCUGGACUAUAGGAGUGGUGAAAGAGUCCAUCAGUAGGAAGGGAGAGAUAAUAGCCAGCCCAAAGAGAGGACUCUGGGUCUUAACGCUGAGGCAUGGUGGUAAGUACACAGCAUCUGGAGCUGCUGACCUCACACUGAAGAGGAAGCCCCAGAGCAUCAGAGUGCAGCUGGACUAUGACAGGGGGGAGGUGUCCUUCUUCGACUCCAGUGACAUGUCACUCAUUUACACUUUUAAAGACACAUUUACUGAGAGAGUGUUCCCAUUCUUCUGUCCCUGUGUGAGAAUAGAUAAGAAUGUUGAACCCUUGCAAAUAUCCCCCUUGAACAUUUCUGUAAAAGUGAUGUCAAACCAGUGAAGGUAUUUGUUUUAAAAAAAGAACAAAGUAGAGAUGUUGUACUUGGAAAGAACUUUUGUUGUUUCUAAUGUGCCUCAGCAUGACUGGUUGCUGAUUUGGGUACUCUGGGGUAGACUUGCUGGAGAUGUGAAUUGAUCAAGGUGAGGUGGUUGAUGGCCUACCAGAAAUAAAUGGGAGGCAGACACUCACACAGAGGUAGUAGUGGUCAUUUGGUUAAUGUAAUCAGCCUCAGUAUGCAUGAAUACUGAUUUGGGACAGACCAGAGGAAGUGCAAAGGGGGUGUUUUAAUAGUCAGUUAGAAGACAGCAGACAUGCACACAGAGUUAACAGUUACCGUCUGAUUAACUGCAGCCUCAUUGCUAGAUCACAAUUUCAAGCCAAUUUGUUUCACUAAUUUUUUAGUUUUGAGCAUAAUUUAGAUUUUUAAAUGUUGUGGUCAAUUUAUGCUAGUGAACAUCAGUUAGUUCAGAACAACUUGCCUUGAAAUGUUCAGUAUUUUAGCCUUUUUGACAGUGCAUAAUCUAAAAGAAAUCAAUGUAUAACAGUCACAAAACAGUACCCCAUAAUCUGGUGAAAAAUAGGUUGGUGCUUUUGCCUUAAAAAAACAUGGCAGUUGUUGAUGUUGAUGUUUCACUUAUUUUGUCCUCCCCUGUAUGUUUUUGUACUGACAAAGGGCCAAAUUGCUUUAAUAUUUUUCCACUAAGGAAUGUUUUAAUGCCUUGUUUAUUUUUUUUACCCCACAAACGCCUUUAUUUUUUACAUUGGCUCUGUGUAAAAUUGUUAGUUUCAUAAACUUGGUUUUGUAUUUGAAUGAAGUAAUAAAAUGAGUGGCAUGGUGGUGCAGUGGGUAGCACAUCAAGAAGGUCCUGGGUUCGAAUCUUGACUUGGGCCUUUCUGUUUGGAGUUAGCAUGUUCUCCCCAUGUCUGUGUGGGUUUCCUCUGGGUAUUCCGGUUUCUUUCCACAGUCCAAAGACAUGCAGGAAGGCUAAUUGGAGACUCUAAA